AAUUCAUAUUCUGCAUUUAUUCAGUUGAUGCCAGUUUUCAUAAUAAUAAUAGUGUCAGUUAUAACUCAACUGAUGGCCACAAACCCACCCUACAGUCUCUUCUACAAAUCGUCCACAGGCCAUGUUAUUAGUAGAGAAACAGAGAACUUGCAGGUGCCUUACUAUGUUGAUAAAAACUUUGAAAUGAAUUAUCAAGGAGCAGAACUUCAAGAGCUAGAGAAAACAGUUGAAAAAGAUUACAUAGACUAUAUUCAGACGAGCUGCUGGAAGGAGAAACAGCAAAAGUCUGAUUUGUCCAAUUUGGCCAAGCUAUACAGAGAUGAGCGGUUAAAACAGAAAGCAGAAUCGCUGAAACUUGAGCACUGUGAGAAGCUCUCCAGUCUGAUUGGAAUGCACAAAGGGGGCUGACCAGGACACAUAUGUUCUGUAGUUUUAUUUAUUGCUGUUUUAACUUAUGUUUUUAUUUUCCUUUGUAUAAAAAGGGAAGGGGUCUAUUGUAAAGAGUCUGAACAUUCGAUUCCUUCUGCAUAUAGUGCAGAGAUGGGCCAACACAAGCCGCAGAGCUCGUGUUUGCUGUAACAUAUACUGUAUACUAUAUUUGGUUCCAAGGACCAGUGGCACUUUGUAAAUUAUUUCCCUGGGAAACGCUCUUAGUUUGGAAUCUGUCUUCAUCGGUAGUUUGUCUGCCAUCCAAACAGUAUAUAUAUUUCCCAGGAGAGCAGACUAAUGUCUUA